GAACUUGCAACAAUUUCCUCGUACAAACACAUUAAAGCAACUUUUCCCCUAGUCACUAGUCAUUUUCUUCGAAUAGUAGGAAAUGGACAUUAAAUCAAUCAAAACAUGUUUCUACGUGGCCAAAUUUUUCGCGAUCACACCUUCGUCAAUUUACGACAAACCGACCAAACUUUACCAAAAAUUGUACCCGGUUUUUAUGUUCCUGAUUUACACGCUUACCGAAAUAUACAGCAUUUAUGAAAGAAGAUACAUGAACGCUCAUCUCAGUGGCAUUCAAUUAGUUGUGAGAAAUUUGUUAGAUAUCAGCCUUUAUCUAAACGCUUAUCACGUAUUCGUAACUAUGAUGACCCUUAAACGCCAUAAGUGGUCAACACUUUUCGAAAUUUUACUCAAACUUGAAUCAAAAAAUCUGAGCCGAAUGUUUUACGCGUUUGUGAUUGUGGCACAUUUACUUUUCCUCGUCAUCUUUGUGUUAAAUAUCUGGUGUUGGAUUGUAGAAAUUGGGGGUUGGCUUGCGUUUACGAAGCAACUCCUAAUUAAAUUUGUCGAAGUUUACCCGCUUUUCGUUUUACUCAUUGUGAGCAACGUUGUUUUAAAAAUCCUAGUCGAGAAAUACAGACACCAGAAAAAUUUCAUAAACGAGUCCAACGCAGAGACGGUUAAAUUCAACUUGUUUUUACUGAGUCAGGCCGUUGAGAUUUUCAACGAUAUUUUCGGAUGGACAAUUUUACAAACAGUUUUCUUCACCGUUCCCAGAGUUUUGAUGUAUUCCGACAUUUUUAUAACAGAGCAUGAAUCGAAACCCAACUCGUUAUUUUUUCUAGCAAACUUUCUGACCAAUUUGUUGUUUUGGGUAAGUAAGUAAUUCACUGAUUCCUCCAUCUGAUUGACGCGGCAUUCUUCAGAUUCUCCUUUUGUACGUGAUUUAUUUGUGCGAUCUUGUGGUAAAGGAAUUUGACCAAAUUGUGAACGUGGCUUAUAGAAUGGAAACAUGGAAUGUUGUUUUCAACGGUUCGAGAAAAAAUCUCGACGUUAUGAAAAGUUUCGUGAAUUUUCGGCCGAGCUUCACAGCUGCACGAUUUUUCGAAAUUGACAGGUCAACGAUCUUCAGCAUUUGUAAUGCUCUAGCUUCGUUUCUGAUCAUCAUAAUUCAGUUUAAAAUGAAUACAGAGGACGUAAAAUAAAUACUUGUUUCAGUAAUCGCCCAAAUCCACACAUAUUGAUCAACACUUACAACAAUAACAGCCAUUAAAUAUUUAAGCCUCACUAUAAUUUGAUAAAGUUUAUUUUCAAUUUAAUCAAACAACAACUGCAGUGAAUCAAUAAUGGCCAUUACGGUUGUUGCACCACAGUCUAAAACGAAACCUUUCACUCAAAAAACAGUCUAUUACACUCUGAAUUUUUUCUUUGUGCUGCUCUUAUUCGCGGGAUAUCUUCCUGUGCAAGGACUCUUCGCGAGUCCAAUCCACCUAAAGUUCAAGUACUUCAGUCGGGAGUUUUUUUACUCACUUUACAUAAUUGUGGUGGCUUGCAUUAUGCAUUUUCUCCGACUGUACCACUAUUUUACCAUUAAAAAUGAUAAAAUCACUUUACGCGAAUUAAUUUUCAUGUGCACUGCUUUCCUAUCCCUUGUGUUUUUCUUACAACUAGCCAAAAAAUGGCCCAGACUUAUCCAAAAGUGGUGCCACCUCGACGAAAAGUUUAAUGUUACCUACUCCUACCCCAAAUAUUUAAAAUUACAACUCACCCUAGUGACUUCUAUUUAUUUACUCAUAGUGUUUGGCGAGUACUUCUAUUUUAUGUCAGUAAAGUUGGACGGUAGCGAGAACACGUUUCAGAAAGUUGUGGAAAAAAUUUACUUUUACAUAUUCGCCCACAUACCGUAUAACAUAGCUGUGGUUCUAGUUAUUGUGUUGCCAAUAUUUUCGAAUUUUAUUGCUCUUUCUUUAAUCGAUGUUUUUGUUAUUCUUGUGAGCAUAACUAUAACGUUCCGGUUUCAACAAAUCAACGAACUGUUAAAGGAACAGAAAAAUAAAAAUAAUUCUAUAAAUUUCUGGAUGACUGUAAGGCGCAAUUACAGCGAAAUUGGGCGAUUGGUUAGUGAAAUAAAUGACACGAUUUCAAGCAUCACUGUGUUGUCUUAUGGUUCAAACAUGAUUCUUUUGAUAAAUGAAUUAAGUUCGUUUAUUGGUAAUGUGGUGGUAGAGGAAAGUAAAUGUUUCUACGUGUACUCUUUCCUGGUCCUCAUUAUUCGACUGCUUUCUGUCUAUUAUUUUUCGUCUAGAAUUAAUGCCGAAAGUCGGAAACCAAUCAGAAUUUUGUUUGAUGUUUCAAGCGAAAUCUACAAUGUGGAGAUAAAACGUUGGUUUAUGCAAAUGAAAUUAGACAGUGUUGCUUUGACUGGUAGUACAUUUUUUAGGAUUACACCUGGGUUAAUUUUGAGCAUCGCUGGAGCUGUUGUCACUUACGAGCUUAUUUUCAUUCAAUUUAGCCAACCAAAAUAAACAUUUUUGUUUUUUUU